UUAUGUAAAGCAGGUAUUAGGGGGUGCAUUUCAAGAACUAAGGGUUUUAAAUAUGUCUUGGUUUUCAGAAAGGUGAAGAGGAAGGCAGCCUGGUGCUGGAGGACGGCAGGGAGCAGCUGAUGUACGAGAUCCCGCUCAAUGAGUCUGGAUCCGCUGGACUCGGGGUCAGCCUGAAGGGCAACAAGUCCAGAGAGACCGGGGAGGACCUGGGUAUCUUCAUCAAGUCCAUCAUCCACGGAGGGGCCGCCAACAAGGACGGUCGCUUGAGCGUGAACGAUCAGAUGAUCGCGGUAAACGGCGAAUCGCUGCUCGGACGCUCCAACCACGCUGCCAUGGAGACGCUGAGACACUCGAUGUCGUCAGAGGGAAACGCCAGAGGCACCAUCCAGCUGGUGGUGCUCCGAGCACCCAGACAGACGGCCAGCCCUGCACCAAACUCCAAUGGCUCCUCCGCCCAUCCCCAGUACAACUCCAACAAUCAGGUACGAGCAGGUGACGGCCCCCCCCAGAAGCAGCAGCCGCCCCCCCCAAGCCGCUCCUCCUCCCUCCUCCCCACGCUGAGGAGGAGAGCGUCCGAGCCGCUGUCCCUCAGCCAAAGGCAGCGAUACACACAGAGGCCGGGGGACACGCACACCCGAUACACCUAUGGUCUUAAUCAGAAGGAGAGGAGUAGUGCUUACACGUUUGGCCUGGCGCAAAAAGAUAGUGAUGAUGAGGGGGGGUACGCACACAAAGACGAGUUCAGACCGGCCUCACAGUACGAGUUUGGGUUUGUUUCUCACAGCCAGACGCUGAGCGGCUUCCCCACAAACUUAAACCGGGAAAGUUACCAUUACGGGUACGCACACAGCCGAGCGCUCGCAGAGACACACCGCCACGACAGGCCGGAUAACGCGCACACACACCAGGUCAGGCUAGCACGUAGCCGCACACCGGACCCCCCACACAGGCGAGACAGCUCUCAGAGAUACACGGAGAACAUCAGGGCGAUGGCAGGGCAGAUGUACGGAGACCCGCCCACACACACUUCGUUUCCCGCUGCGACCACAAACGGCAGCUACGGUCACUACGGCAACGAAGACGAGGACUACUACGACGACGGCGGCUUCCCCCCGCCCCCCUCCCCCGGCUCUGUGGAGGAAAUGAACAGAGACUCAACCCGAACUCCCCCCCGCCACAG